AUGCCCGAACUCCCUCAGGUCCACCCCGAAGUCACAUGGGCCCAGCGCUCUUCGGCUUCUGAUGCCGAGCGCAACUACCUGUAUGUGAACAUCAAGGCCGCCGAUGUUGCCCGUACCGAAGCGACUCUCGACAUCAAGCCCACCAGUGUCACUUUCACUGGCAACUCCAAGAAGGGCGUGAAAUACCACGUCUCGCUCGAGCUGUUCGCCGAAAUCGACCCUGAGCACUCUAAGGUCAACCACAGCGACCGCGAAGUCGAGCUGGUUCUGCGCAAGAAGGAGUUGAAGGAAGAGUUCUGGCCUCGCCUGCUGAAGACCACUCAGAAGAUUCACUUCCUGAAGACCGAUUUCGAUAAGUGGGUUGAUGAGGAUGAGCAAGAUGAGGUGAACGAAGAUGACUAUGCCAACAACUUCGGUGGAUUCGAGGGUCUUGGAGGAGAGGGUGGUCUUUCCAACAUUGACUUCUCCAAGCUUGGUGCCGGUCUCGGCGGCGAAGCCGGUGCCGGUGGUGAGGAAGAAGAUGACGAGGAAAUGCCCGAGCUUGAAGAGGCCGAGGGCGAGCAGGCCUCCAAGGUCCAGGAGGUUUCCUAA